CGCCCUACUCUACGCCACCCUCUCUCCUCCUUUGCAGAUCCUACAACCCCGUCUUUCCCUCUCUCUAUAUCUAUAUAUUGUAUCUAUCUCUCUCACGCACACUCUAACCCAAUCUCUCUCUAUCUUGAUAUAUACAUACAUAAUUUAUAUAUAUACUCUAACCCAAUCUCUCUACCUAGAGAUCAAUUGGAUCAAGAAAAGCAACUCAAAAGCCGUUCAAGAAAAUGCCUUCAAAUCUUGUACUCCAAAGAAUCAAGGAUACCACUACAACCGCCGCCGCCGCCGCUUCUUAUAAACAAGCCCAACAACUCCAAAGAUGGACGCCGUGCACCACGGAAGUCCCCGACUACAUAGCCCGUUAUCACACUCACACCGUCAGUCCUAACCAGUGCUGCUCCGCCGCGAUUCAAGAAAUCUCCGCCCCCGUCUCCACCGUCUGGUCCGUCGUCCGCCGCUUCGACAACCCGCAGGCCUACAAGCACUUUCUCAAGAGCUGUCACGUCAUCGUCGGGAACGGCAACGUAGGCACUCUCCGGGAGGUCCACGUCAUAUCGGGCCUCCCGGCCGUAAACAGCACCGAGCGCCUCGAGAUCCUUGAUGACGAACGCCAUGUUAUGAGCUUUAGCGUGGUUGGUGGCGAUCACCGCCUUGAGAAUUACCGCUCCGUCACCACUCUCCACCCGGCGACCAACGGCAGCGGCGGCACAGUGGUCAUUGAAUCGUAUGUUGUCGAUAUACCACAAGGUAACACUAGGGAAGAUACUUGUGUUUUCGUUGACACCAUUGUCAAAUGUAACCUCCAAUCCCUAGCUCAGAUCGCAGAGAAUUUAGCCAGACGUUCGUAAAGAAAUUUAUACUUAUAUAUAAACAAUGAUGUUUGAUGUAUCAUUUCGAUACAAUGAUUAAAUCGGAUUUCUCUAUAAAUCAUUCAUUUUUAGGGUUAAAAGAAAAAUUAA